AUGGCUCAGCAGAUCCAAGGAAAGACAGCGAUCGUCACCGGCGCGGGUUCUGGCAUCAAUCUCGAGUUUGCCCGUCUUCUUCUGCAACAUGGCGCCAACGUGGUGUUUGCCGACCUUGGUCUCCGGCCAGAAGCCGAGGAACUGGUUCAGAAGUAUCAAUCAACCCCCAGCAAGGCCGUCUUCCAAAGAACAGACGUGACGUCGUGGCCAGACCUUGAUGCCAUGUUUGCAGUCGCCCAACAGCACUUUGGAUCUAUCGACAUUGUGUGCCCCGGAGCAGGCGUCUUUGAACCUCACUGGAGCAAUUUCUGGUAUCCGCCGGGGACGGCCAAAUCCAAGGAUGACCCCGCAGGAGGGAGGUACCAGCUGUUGGACAUCAAUUUGACACAUCCCGUCCGCGUCACGCAGUUGGCCAUUUCUCACUUUCUGGCCGCAAAGCCGCCAUGCAGUGCUGAAAAUCCCAAAUCGAUUGUUCAUAUUGCGAGCAUUGCAGGCGAGAGCGCGAGUCUGCCGUUCCCCCUGUAUUACGUGAGCAAGCAUGGUGUUCAAGCGUUGGUACGCAGCUUGGCGGACCUGGAACAUCUGCAUGGAAUACGUGUCACUGGCGUGAUGCCUGGAGUGGUCAAGACACCGCUGUGGACCGACCACCCGGAGAAGCUGAAGAUUGUGAAGCAAGAAGGUGAAGGGGCAGAUAUAUGGGUGACGCCAGAGGAAGUGGCCCAGGUGAUGCUCGCCUUGGUCAAGGACCGCGAAGUCUCUAGCAGAACCGAUGGGGAGCAGAAGGACAUGAUCCAAAUCAAAGGAGGUACCUGUUUGGAAGUGCUGGCGAACGCCGUGAGGGAUGUGCCUCUGUUUAACAACAUCGGGCCAUACGCCACGGCUGCGAAAGGGGCGACUGUGAGUGACGCCGAGAAGAUAUACAACGAGGUUCUGGGGGAGUUGAAGCCCGGGUGGGGGACAUACUGA